AUGGUCCGAAAGCUCCCACCCAGAGCUGGAGCAAGCGAGGAGGCGGGAGCUGGGGCCGCGCUCGACGACUCGCCAGGCCGCUCAGGACGGCCCCGAGGGCUGGGAGAAGCUGCAGAAGCGGUUGGGCUGGACGAACGAGUUCAGAGGCCAACCCUCCCCACCCGGGGGCCGCGGCGGAGAGCGGUGCUCCCAGGGCUGUGGUCGGGGCGGCCCGGGGCCCUGCGGCGGCCCGGCUGCGAGGGGGUGGGGCGAGCGAGCGCUGAGACGUUCGCCCCUCUUCAAACUCGCCCAAGUUGGCGAAAGAAGGCCAGGCUGGCACCGAAGGCCUCCGAGAGCGUGGCCGUUGGGCUGCGUUGCCCGAGUGGUUGCGUUCGGCCCAGACACUCGCACCCCCCGCGGCGAGGCGGCUUCACACUCACGCACACUCUCCCUCACGACGCCAGGGGCUGGGGGGGCGCCGCGACGGAACCUCGCUCCCCGCACGCGGGCUCGGCCCGAAGGGGCGGGACGGCCUUCCUCGCGCCGUCUCGGGGCCCACCCGCGCGCCGCCACACCUCAGCCCGCUCACGCGCACCCCCGGCAGGGCCCCUCAGCGCGCCGCGGAGCUCUGGGCAGCUCCCAGGUGUCUCUGGGGACGGAGAAGAAAGCCACAAAGCCAAGGAAGCAGCAAAGAGAAGGCGAAGGAGGAGCAGGGGCCAGGGUCCUGUGGACUCGCCUGGAGUGGGUCACUCCCUCCAAAAGGUUGUGGAAAUAAAUUUGAAUAAACAAAACAGGUUUGCUGAAAAUAAAACCAGGACGCCCAAGCUGCUCCAGUCAGCCUACUUCCACAAGGCCCCACCUGUCAGCCAGUGCAGAACCUUGGCUGAGCGAGCAGCAUCCAUCAUGAACCAGGUGAUCGUGUUCUUGGUAAUGGCCAUGGGAACCCACACCCUCAGUAUUCGGAUCAAGAAGGACUGCAUCCACUGGUCCAGCUGCUGCCCCAGCAAAGGGCAGAACCCCACUCAUGAAUGGCUGACGCAGAACACUGUGCUCAUGACCCCACCAGAGAGCGCUAGCCUCAUCCACUCCCUAGAAUCCUGCAGGGCCAGUGAAGAUGGACCCCUCAACAGCAGGUCUAUCUCCCCCUGGAGAUAUGAGUUGGACAGGGACUUGAACCGGCUCCCUCAGGACCUGUACCACGCCCGUUGCCUGUGUCCACACUGUGUCAGCCUACAGACUGGCUCCCACAUGGACCCCCUGGGCAACUCGGAGUUGCUCUACCACAACCAGACUGUCUUCUACCGGCGGCCAUGCCCUGGGGAGCAGGGUACCCGUGACGGCUACUGCUUGGAACAAAGGCUCUACCGCGUCUCCUUGGCUUGUGUGUGUGUGCGGCCCCGAGUGAUGGCCUAGUCAUGUGCCCAUAGCUGGUUCCCGGGUGGAACACUGGAACUGGGUGCAUGACCACCUGCCAUGGUGAGCCAGGAACCCGAAUGCUCAACCCUUACAAAACACUACAGGAGCAGCAGGAUUGUGGGACAGGGUGGAGGACUUUGGGGGGAUCCGCACGUUUCACCAUUUGGAGUGGAUGGGAAAUGCAGGGUGAAGCAAUGGAGCUGUUUAUGCCCGCUAAAAGAGAGCAUCCUGCAUUUCCUCUUGGGAAAGGUCAUAAAGGCCCUCCUCGUUUCUGGAGGCCGCCACCCCCAUCUCUUCCUUUUCUCCCAUCCCCAGCUGCCCUGGCACAGCACAAGCACUUUCUUGCUACUUUCCUUGUUGUCAGUGGAGAGGCCCUCAUUUCAUUUGUUUGUUCAUCUGUCCAUCCAUGCCUCCAUGCCUCCAUGCCUCCAUG